CUCCAUUUGCUUUGCUUCAGCGAGAAUCUGUUGGCUAUUUGCUGCAAAGCAAAGCGGGAAAGUGGAGAGAGAAAGAAAAGAAGAAUACCGAGGUAAAUUUAGGGCACGAUUCUCUCCGAUCGUCUUCUGCCUGACCACUGCACCACAUAGCCUGCAUUUGUCGCGUCAGAAUUUCGAGCUUUUGCUAUAGCUCGAGAGAUCUCCUUUCUUGAAGGACCAACAGAGAAGCCUGAUCGCUCAGCAGGAUGUCUGGCCGUAAAGAGACAGUCUUGGAUCUAGCAAAGUUCGUUGACAAGGGUGUCCAGGUCAAGCUUACUGGUGGAAGACAAGUAACAGGAACCCUGAAAGGAUAUGACCAGUUACUGAACCUUGUCUUGGAUGAAGCUGUAGAGUUUCUAAGAGAUCCAGAUGAUCCACUAAAGACCACUGAUCAGACUAGGCAUCUUGGCUUAAUAGUCUGUAGAGGAACUGCGGUAAUGCUCGUGGCACCUACCGAUGGCACUGAUGAGAUUGCCAAUCCUUUUCUCCAGCCAGAUGGGGCCUAAAUUUGUUUCAACUUUUCCAUCCAUCCAUCAUCUGCCUUUUGUAUCAUUUUAUCCUUAUUCUGAGGUGCCCCAAAACUUUUUGUAGAGUUUGGAAUAUAUACAUAUAUAUUAGUGAAAGAAUGCUAUAAUAAUCUAUAUAUAUAUGAUUUGAAA